AUGGUAAAGCUGACUUCAUUGCAUGAUCACGAGUUUAUGGAUCAGGUGCUGGAGGCAGCCUUUCACAGGGAGCAGUCUGACCUGAUGAAGGAGUCGGUGGUCACACAUGUCUGUGAGGACGGGACACGUCACACACACACUGAUAGAACUGUUCUAGGUGUUCUCGAACUGAGCACCAAAUGGAUACUCUAUGGCAACACACCUUUGCACGUGUCUUCUGGCUUCAGGCUGUUCUCUACGUGGGGAUCUCACAACAUCCAGAACUUCCUGUCCUAUUUUACCCCAAGGAUGGUGUCUGAGAUGUUGUCAGAUGUUUUCAAGAUAUCCCCAAAUGGACCCCUACUUCUUAGAGAAGGUUUCAGGAUCCUUUGUAAACAAAGGUACACACAAACUUAUUAUGAGUGUGCUCAAGUUGUACAAGGCAAUGUUACCAAAUGUGUGAGCAACACCCACAAUUCCUUGCUGGUGCGCAAUGUAGGCUUGCUUCUUGAGGAGUUCAAGGAGUGUAUACCAACAGAUGAGGGUGAAGCUGUUCGAUUCUGCUAUGCUGUAUUAAACCACCUACGCUUUUCUGACUUGCCAGGAGAUAUAAACACUGUUGACUAUAUGGAUGACAUUGCCAGGAUUCUCAGUGUUGUGUGGAAGCUGCAUCAUCAAGUGGUCUUGGCCAGGUGCCUGUACUUCAUCUUCUGUAUUAUCUCGGCACCCAGAUCAGACAAGCUAGCUUACCCAUCAUGUUGCCUGGCAGCUGUUGUCAGAUACAUUCCUAUGGAGAUAGCUAAUCUGGUUGUGAGAGACAUAGUGACAGACACUUCUGGCAGUGAUGAAUCCAUUGCCAUAGCAGUGAGUCAGAUCAUAGAGUGGUUGAGAUGGCCCUGCAUUGAGAACAUGGAUCUCUGGCUCUUGUGUUUCCUUACUCAGCUGGCAGCUGCCAGGAAGUAUGACCUGCUGGCUCACAUCACUGAGUUCAACAUACGCCAGCUGGCUAAUAAUUUGUUGGAAGACUCCCCAUCCUUGUGGCAUGCCUCCUUCACCAUUCUCUCCCAUUUGCUGUUGAGUUUCCAACACUCACCUGGACCUUUUCACCAAUGUCUGGAUACAAUGGCUGCUGCCAUAGAGAAGCUGAGGAAGACUUCAGGACUGGAGCCUGGAACCCCUCUCAAUCAGUUGGCGAUGCUUAUCUAUUGUUUGAUGCACCACCACUCAGGUUUUCCUGACUUGUAUGAACCUGUCCUGAACCGCAUACAGGGCAUCCCUCCUCCUACAUCUGAGCUGAUGAAUUCAAUUCUGGACAGUGCCAGAUGGACAUCAGAGUCUGAUGAUUGCCAACUCAUAGAAGAGAUUGUACCCAGUUCAUCUCUGUCCUCAACCAAACAGAAAAAGCUAGAGCCAGGAAAGACAGGGCUGGUCAAUUUGGGCAACACCUGCUACAUGAACAGUGUGAUACAGUCACUGUACAUGUGUGAUCAAUUCCGCAAAGCUGUGCUCACAAAAACACCACAAGAGAAGGAGAAUCUGAUGGAAAUGUUGCAGCAUGCCUUUGCUAUUCUCACUUACUCAAAUCGGCCUUGCAUGACACCCAGUAAGUUUUUAAAGGCAUCAAGACCAUCCUGGUUCUUGCCAGAUCACCAGCAGGACUGCUCCGAGUUCCUCAAGUAUUUGUUGAACCAGCUUCAUGAAGAUGAGACUCUGUCCAACACAGCUCAGAAAAGUCCAACAAAUAAUAACAUCUCCUCAAACAGUGUUUUCAGACGUAAUAUGAACAAAGUAAGCAAGGCAGAAAGGAAGAAAAGUAAUGUUCUCUUAACAUCAGUUACAAUGAAGAUGGAAGAGCUCAAACAUUCUAGAAAUUCAAGCUUGGACUGCAACAAGAACACUGAGAGUGUGCAGUCUUUGGUGGAACAAUAUUUUGCAGGGAAAGUCCAGACCACACUAAGGUGCCUUGCUUGUGGACAGAAAUCUGUCACUGUUGAAAGCUUUGUAGAUAUUUCGUUGGCAUUUCCAAAUUCAUCAAGAUUAACACCUCAUCUUUGCAAGAGCCUGGCUGGAGGCAGUUGCACUUCUUUUGGUGAACAAGAGCCUGAAAGAAUGCAGCUGUUUGCUGCAGAGCCAGCAGUCCAGUCUGAAGAUGGUUUCUCUUUGAAUGAUUUGAUUUCCUUCUACUUGAAGUCAGAGAAGUUGACAGAGGACAAUAAGUAUCACUGUGACCAAUGCAAAACACUACAGGAUGGUGAAAAAAGUCUGCAGAUCAUUGAUUCUCCACAGUAUCUUAUUCUGACUCUUCUAAGGUUCUCAUUCGACUCUAGACUCCAGACAAGAACCAAAAUAUUUCAGGAUGUUUACUAUCCUUGUACACUUUCUAUCCCUGUUUACAAGCAAGCUUCUUCAAAGGACACAAAUAUGUGUCUUUCAGAAACACAUGCAAGAAAUGCCAAUAGCUCAUCCACAAACAAUGUAGCUGGAGUCGCUGACUCACCUCAGAACAAACUUGACAAUAUUGCCAAACUUCUUGCUCCAAAAUGUGACAAUGCUAACCAAGAGCCACAGUCUUUUCAACUUUAUGGGUUGACUGCUGUGAUUGUCCACUCAGGGACAUCAUCUGAAUGUGGGCAUUACUACUGCUAUGCUCGGCAUGCGCAAGAUGGCCAGGUUGCUGCUAAACUGUUAGAUGAAUUGAACAACAACUCAGACAAUCUUGACCUGCUUGCAGACAAGUGGUAUUGUUUCAAUGACAGGAAAGUCUCGAGUUGUACACUAAAUUCAUUCAGGAAUGGGAUGAAACAAUUCUCCAAGGACACACCCUAUGUUCUUAUUUACCGAAAACUCAGCGUUGGAAGUCAGAGCAGUGAUGCAGAUACAGACCCAGUUCUGUCCCCUGGUUUGAUGGAUGUAGUCAUCAAGGAUAAUGAAGCCUACCUGAAGGAACAAGAAGCUCAAGCCAGAAUGAAAGAGAAGCGGCAGAUUGCAAAAUCGUCCCCACUCAACUCUGUUGGUCAGCAGACGUCUCGGG